GUCGCACAAUGUUUUGCGCAUAACGGCAUGACCACAGUCCUCUCCCUAAAAAAACAACACAAAAAAAACACAGCUCUUCUCUUCCGUUCCUUUUCACUGUCUCCUUCUCCCAGUCAGUUGCGGUUGCGUCGGCUCCUGUCCUGCUUGAACGACCUAGGCCAUUUCAUCCAACAUCAGACACGUUAAGCCUGUACAAUGGAUCACGGCGACUAUAUCACUGAUAUCGAGAGCAUCCGAGCUCGCGACGAUGUUCUCGCUUCCGCCUUGGCAUCGCAACUUGAUUCUACCUUGGAGAUAUCCUCUCUUUUAGGAUCCAGCACAUACCAGAAGGACUUGCAGCUGAUUCGAGUCCGCGCAUCUCACGACUCAAAACUUGGACCUGACGCUGUUGCCAUCCCGACAUACUUUGACGCUUCAAUUGGGCAACGCAUCGUCCUGAUGGAGGAUAUCGAGCAGGUAUUCAAGGAUGCUGUGUACAUAACCAGUAAUGAAGGAACAGUACCGCUCUUGGAGGACAAAGAUGGGCAUGUGCUAAUGCCAAAGAGAAUCUUACAUAAGCCGGGCGUAGUCUUGGAGGUGGUUAUGGAGAGCGCUCCUGUGGGAACUUCCUCGCCAUCAGUGACGUCCGUCAACAGCUAUGAUUUCCUCGACAAAUUCCUCGGCAACCACUCCAUAGACCAGGAUUCGAAUGUACAUCAGUCUGUUUCGGAUUGCUAUCGGCUCUACGGCUCCCAACUGGAAGCUAUUAUGUCUGGUCAAGCAAGGCAGGCAGCAAACAUCAGAGAUAAUCUCACUGAGAUCUUUGCAAGUUGGGACUCGGAAGCUUUAAAGCAGGAGAAUCUGCUGGGACAGAUGCAGCGCUUGCGACAGGCGAUCCAGGAAAGCCAACGCUUAGACGGCACCCAAAUACAUCCAGAAAUAUUAUCGGAGAUGCAGCAACAGGUACUCCAAGCACAGCAGGAAUCCAUCGAUCGCCUUGUUAUCAUGAGGAGCCACAUUUUAUCAGUACUGAAUCGGACAUUCGAAAUGCACGAGUACCCAUUGUUUAUUGUUCUGCCCAUGGUAGGAUCACAGGAGGACGGGCAAAGAAGGCAGUUCCGUCUACAUUUCUUGUGCGAAUACACAGCUAGUGCCGAAUCCUCGAGUAUCGGCCUAUCGCAUGAGCUGCAUCUGGCCAAGCACCAAGGAUACAAUCUCAGGCAGCUGGACCAGUUCUUGAAAACGUAUGGGACAUAUGUCUUAUCGACUCUUGGCGUGAUGAAAAGCCAGUCCCGACGCCUUGGCAAGUCUGCACCAUCGCCAGGACAAACUGAAUUGACAGGAGGACUUAACGAGCCGCACGCUGGGCAGGAUCCGAUAACAAGCUACAUCGACACCUUGGUGGAUGAGGCGAUUAAUUUUAUCGAGGAGUACCAAGAAGAAACCAGUAGAAAAUUCGACAACGCAUCCGGAGACGAGACUGAAGCGGAGACAUUCGAUUUUUCUCAUAGCGCAGACAUGAGACAGCUGGAGCGACAACUAUACAUUCCCAGCAGUGAUCGCGCGCUCGGGGACCUGUAUCGAACCUUCGACAACGAUGGAUAUUCGAAAUGGGUUUGCAAGGAUCAUUAUUAUGAAAACAUCAUGACGCCAACUCCGAUCGAGUCGCAUUUCUCUUUGACGAGCAAUACAUCUACGUUCUCCAGCGGUCGAACCUCAGUCCUGGAGAUGCGCGAUCUUGUACCUGACACGACGGUAUUGCAGGCCAGCGGACAACCUCCAAACCAGCUGCAACAACAGCCGGCGCAGAUAUACCCGACAUUGACUGACGGACAAACGUCCAUGAAAGGGGCGGACGCGAUGACUUCCAUGGCUCCAGCAGGAGCACUAUCAAUACCAAGGCGACAUUCUGGUGCAGAAUCAGCUGAUACUCUGUUGCAUACAACCAAAAAGAGAGUCGAUAACAGCUGGCGGCAAUGGGUAGACACGCCACUGGCAAAAAAUCAAGGCCUCGCUGUAUUAGACCUCUCUAAUACCCCUGUCAAUCACGCCACGAUCGCUGUUUUGAACUCAUUUGUGUCCACCCAUGGAGAGCUAAUGACACUCGCUUUGACACGCUGCCAGCUUGACUGGACUAGCGUUGUGCCGUUAUUCAAGACUCUCUGCGCGGUGAACAAGAACACCAAGUUUACGCUUGAUGUCAGUCAAAACCCGCUCUUUGACUCGGAAGCAUCGCUUUUGGGUUGGAUUCAAGUUCUCGCUGAGGAUGGAAGGAGGGUUGAUGGGACACCGUUCAGUAUCAAGAUGCAAGACCUUAUCAUCCGGGACGCUGCCUUGCGGCGGGUACUCGAGCCAUUGGAGGAAGCCACUUGUUUGAAUGAGUUCAACAUUAAAGGCAUGCUGAUUAAGCGCGAGAGCCAGGCAGCAGAACUGGAGGGUCUAACCUACGGGGAAGCAAACGCCAGGAUCAGGCCUGAGGAUGCAUCUGACGAAACUUGUCUCGGCCUCGGACGCGUGCUGUCCAGGAACAAGACUCUGGUCACGAUGAAUAUCUCCGGUACAGAAAUCAAGCAGCAAGUUCAGGAACAGACAGACAGCAGCACAGCGCCUGCCAAUGCACUCAAGAACGUUGUGGCAAUCGGUCGUUCGACCGGUGGAUUCGGACGACAGGUGUCGCUGGCCUUCUUAGCACUCGCGGAGAAUGACACGCUUCGGGCGUUGUCCGUGGACCAUAACCGGUUUGGAGAAGAUGGCAUGGUGCUGUUGGCGGAGGCACUGAAGUCGAACACUGGUAUCGGUUCUUUGUCAUGCGACGGUAACGAUGCCUACACCCACAAGGCAUUGAAGGCAAUCGAGAAGAUUCUGCCUCCGUUCGAGCUCACUCCCACCU